UAGAGCGUGUUGGCCGCGUGCUCGCCCGUGCCGCUGCGACGCGCUCCUCCGGCACUCGACGCCUCCAGCAUCUUCCUCGCCACCGUCUUCGCCUGCUCCGGUGGAACACUCUGCCGUUCCCCCCCUUCCAUGCGGCUCCUUGAUCACGUGGCAUGACAGCCGGCGCUGUCUCGUCGUUUCUGCAUGCCAUGCCUACAUCAACUGUGAGUCCGGUGCUUGAGGCGACAAGGCACAUGACACCGCUGUCUCCGCUGCGCCCCUACCUGUCGCUGUUGCUCCUGUUGCUGACAACGCCGGCUUCUCUAACACAAAGAAGGCAUGGGACUGUCGGAGAUUUGGACAAGUUGGACAAACUCCUGAGCAAAUAUGACAGGAGGGCACUUCCCACGGGUCACAUGAGUGGGCCCACUCAAGUCGCAUGCGAAAUCUACAUACGAAGUUUUGGCUCCAUCAACCCGGCAACUAUGGAUUACGAAGUAGACCUGUAUCUGCGACAGCGAUGGCACGAUGACCGCUUUGAGAUGAGCGGCAUCAGUGGCCCUCUCGACCUGAACGAUCCCAAACUAGUGCAACGGAUCUGGAAGCCGGAGGUAUUUUUUGCCAACGCCAAGCACGCCGAGUUCCAGUACGUGACAGUGCCCAAUGUACUGGUUCGCAUCAGCCCUUCGGGUGACAUCCUCUACAUGCUCAGGUUGAAAUUGACGUUUUCUUGCAUGAUGGACCUUUAUCGGUACCCUCUCGAUUCGCAAGUCUGCACCAUUGAACUCGCUUCAUUCUCAAAGACGACAGACGAGCUACAACUGCACUGGUCCAAGGCAGCUCCCGUCAUCCUCUACGAAAACAUGAAGCUGCCACAAUUUGAAAUUCAAAACGUGAACACGUCCCUGUGCAACGAGACAUUCCACAUUGGAGAGUACAGCUGUCUGAAAGCCGAGUUCAACCUGCAGCGGUCAAUUGGCUACCAUCUUGUCCAGUCGUACCUGCCCACCAUAUUGAUCGUGGUCAUCUCGUGGGUCUCUUUCUGGCUCGACGUGGAAGCGAUUCCGGCACGAAUCACACUGGGCGUCACCACGCUGCUAACAAUCUCAUCUAAGGGCGCCGGCAUACAGGGAAACCUGCCUCCCGUUUCGUACGUCAAGGCUAUCGACGUCUGGAUGGGGGCCUGCACCAUGUUCGUGUUUGCCGCGUUGCUCGAGUUCACUUUCGUCAACUACUUGUGGAGGAAGCGGCCCGCGAAUGCCAAGCAACCGCCUCCGGUGGUGACAGCUGUGCCGGAGAGCAAGGUCGCUGUUCUGCUCCCAGAAAAGGCAUGCAACGGAAACUUGGUGCCCUGCAGCCCGAUUUCCAGUGGUACGGACGUGAACCCUUCGCCCACGGAUGCCGAAUCUAUCAAAAACAAACACAAGGUUCAGGCCAAAAGGAUCGACCAAACGUGCAGGAUAGCAUUCCCCAUGGCUUUCCUGGCUUUUAGCGUCGUUUACUGGCCUUACUAUCUUUUGUGAGGCCCGUAGCCAGAAGAACAGGUAGCCGGGUAGCCCGUAAUAGACCGAGGUAGCCCAAGGUUGCCAUUGGUGAAGAAACGGGUAUGACUCGAGUGUGGGAGUGUGACCGUGGUUGUCGCUGUCCCAUCAGCUCUCUUUGAAGAACGAGCUUUAUUUUGACUGCAUAACGUUGUGAGCAUCCCGAAUGUUCAAAUAUUUCUUUAUGCUUCUGUAUUGUUUCCCCAGGUUCAUAUUUACUUAGAAUCACUCAAACCCAUCACACUUUAUAUCUUCUGGAUUCCUCUUCUUCUAACUAUUUCUAAGGUACCACUGAUGAGUAUUUUAUCAGCUAGAAGAAUUCAAGAAUAGAUUAGGUGACACCGUCUUUGUCUUUUAAACGAAACCAUAUUUUGGCAGCGAAAUACAAGCUUCUUCAUUAUAGUACUACUUAGCAGUGAUACCAAUAUGCUUUUAUUUUAGAAGAAAAAAGCAGUGGUGAUAUGUUAUAUUGUCUGUACUGCGUUAAACUUGCAGCCAUAUUAAUAUCAUUUAUUGUAUGUAUGUUUAAUGUACGGUAUUAAGAGGAAAUUUUGGUGGUGCCUCCAAAGUCACUCGUUGAAGUAAUUGCAGAAGGGACAUACGGUUUUACGAGGCGUCCCCCCGGAUCUAGUCACACAAAUCUUGCAGAACUUAAGAGAGAAUGUUAAAUUGCAGUAAGAGUGGGAAGUAGAGUUUUAUUUGAUGGACCACGAGUUUCAAGACGAUUUACCAGAAUUUGUUGGAAGAUAACACAUUUCCAGAAGGUAAAAACAUUGAAGCCCGAAGUUUAGGAAUUUGUAUCAUUUUGGACUAAGAACAGACAUCACGACUCUGCGAACUGCAAACGUUAAUCUAGAGCAGGGGUCUGCAAACUUUUAAGGAGGAGGGCCGAGUUGCAUGAAGCCGACACGGCGAGGGCCGGACGGCAUAUGGGGAGAAGGGCGGGGAGGGGGGGGGGGUGGUGAGUCUUUAUAGGCAAAGAGAAAAAAAAUUGACCAAUUUCAAAGAAUGUACAAAAGUGGAACAGAAAUCAUCUUUAUUUUCGGCACGCACGUUGCAAUUUACAUACAUAGGUUACAAGGAAAAACCCCGUUUCAGGUCAGAACCGCCAUGUCGGCCUUCGGUAUGGCUCAUGUUCAGACAGCACGUCGCAAGUGGCAACUAUGCACAACCAACUCGCCCUAUUCUCUGGCCCUUCAGAUUAUAAGCAACAAGGGAAGUGGGGAGGUGUUCUGACGUCGGGCCGAGGGCCGCAGGUUGCCGGCUUCUAAUCUAGAGCGUCCAAAAUCUGGUAAAUUGGUACCUAUGAAUUCGCAGCUUUAGUGAAACGAUUAGAUUGUUUCCGAUUUCUUUUUAGAAGAAAUCGUGCUCAGGAAACCAUGAUACACUUCAGAGCAAUGUUUGUUAUGUAAACUUUGUGUGCUUUAGAUGGCGUAUAGGUACAGGUUUAAUAACGGUGACAUUUUUUGUUUAUUCCUGUGUUAGGGAGCUGUAGACAUAACAGUUGACUCUUUUAAUUUUGCAAGUUUCAGGCAUUUAUUUAUGAAACUAGUUGCCACGUACAAAGUGAUGACCAUGUGCAAGUAACAUGUACAAAAAAAGCUACCGUAUAAAAUAACCUGGCUUUAACUUGGUUUUGUUAAGAAAACUAACUAUAAAAAUAGUGCAAUUAUUGCUGAUAUAAACCAUUUCUCUUUUCAUGUUUUUAUUUAGGAUAUCCCCAGCUGAAAGCCCUUCAUGCGCGGAGUGAUGCAAGCGCUUUUCAACAGCGUGGUAUAUAAUUUAACCAAGGAAAAACCAGGUUGUUUAGGCAUCUUCUUGUACGCUCUUUGCGAAAGUGACGCUCGCAAACUGCACAGAUGAGAAACCCUUCCCGUGUGAAAGUUUAAAUCUACUUACCAUAGUUAAUUUUUUUUUCUCGCUUGGUAAGCAAAACCAUACAAUCUGCAUUGCAAGCAGCCGUGCAUGAAGCCGAGCGCGUUUGCUGACAGUGAUGUUAGUAGGUUACGUUCUAACGUUGUCGCGUGUUGAUAGUUGCAGAUGUUUAAUUUUCUCAGAGCUUAUACACUAGUCCGUAAAGUGCAAACGUACACAGGUGUCGUACUUUUGGUUUGUGUAUUUCCCGUCGAAAUAGAUUAGUGCUAGUCAUUUUGCGGCGUAACCUGCGCAAGUGCAUGAUUGCAAGGACGAAAUACUUUCAAUCAAUAAACAUUUGAGA